AUGCAAUCUAUUAUUGAACUUAUCACCAAUACCACUAAGCCUUCCGAAAUUCUAUUUUGGGGACAGUUUAAAACGCAUUCAACGCUCACAUUCGGCAUUGUCCUAAUAGCACUAUUGAUUCUAGUAGUACUUUUUCUAAUCGGUUACAUUCGCUUCAAACCUACGAAAAAAUCAAAGGUUAAGAUUACCACACCAUCAUUCAAAACAUUAGAACAGCAAGAACUGGCACUCCCCAAGUGAUUGCAUAAACGUUCGUCAACAACUACCGUCAUGGUACAUUGAAUAAACAUUUAGUUCAAGCGCAUAGUCUUUACUUCUCUAAGCUUCUUUCUUGCUCUGUUACCUGUUUCUGACCAAAAAAUAAACUUAUCACCGCGUACAUUGCUUGAGCACUUCCACCCACUCUACACCAUUGGUUGUCCCAACCAUACCCAUCCACUCCACUAAUGGUGGGGCGUCACGCAGCCAACAAUCCACUGUUACCCACUACUGCUAGAGCAGCCACUCUCACCCAACCAUUGUAUUCACCCGAGACCCCCACCCACGCACCUACACAAACCCUCCGCCAGGCCCCCACCCCCCGCCCCUGGGCACGCCCCCGUGGUUGC